CGCGUGCACAGGACCACGCCCUCCCUGCUCCAUCUUCCCAUCGCUCGCUCCUCAAGUUCCUAGCGCCCAGCUGAAUUCCCCUGCGCGCGCCCUAUCUUCCACCAUGUGCCCUGCUCGCCCAUGGCGCCAGCCACAGCUCGGAGCUCCCUCUGCAUCCCCAGGCCUGCGCCUGCUGCUUGCCCCAGCUUGGAGCUCGCUCGACCUCCAGCUCCGGCGCCCGGCUGAGCUCCCUGGCUGCCGCGCCCUGCUCUCUUUUGCUGCUCACCGGUGCUCCAGCUCGCGGCGCCCCUGCUUUUCUCUCUCCUCCUCUACUCCCGCCAUGGCGCGCGUCUCUGCUCCCUCCCCCACGGCGUGCCCCUCAAGCUCGUCCAGGCCGCGACCUCGUCGUGGACCUUCCUCGCCGGCGCUCCUCCCUGCUCAGCUCUCCAGCGCGCGCCCCAUCUCGCUGCGCUCGGCCCCCAGCUCGGUCUUCCUCGGUCGCGCUCGCUCUGGUCGUGGACACCGUCGAGCUCAGGGCCCUGCUCGCCGUAUGUCCACGCAUCAUGCGUGGAGCAAUGGGGGAAAUCUAUAGCCUAACAGCUUGUUCGCUGCGGCUUGCUGCGGCUGCAAUCCGGCUGCGGCUGCGGCUUCUACAGUAUUUUUCUCUCUAUGGAUUGCAGCUGCAGCAGUCCAAACAGCUGCAACAGUGUCGGCUUGCAGCCUGCCGAACACGCCCUAAGCCUUGGUCAAUGUCUGUGUGGAUUUGGGAAAGAAGACGGAGAUAUGGUUGUAGAAGACAGUGAAGUCGGCUUGUGUCGCACGUCUGGUGCUCGACGAAAAGCUCAAACAUGAGACCGUCAUCGAUUCGGUUGUCGUCCAUCUCACCAACAUAUUUUAUCCGUCGUGGUUUAGCUCGCCAUGGGCCUGCUCAUUGUCCCUAUUUUGCCUUCCCCAAGAAGCCACGUGGAUGGCCUUGCCCUCGCCAUCAUCGUUCGGUCACCUCGCCUUAAUGCCAGCCCCUAUAUGAUGCCUCCGACUUGUGUUCACGCCGACAAAAGAAUCCCAAGAGGAUGUGGAGAAGCAAGCCCCUGGUCGAUGCCCCCAAGUGCUCAGCGAAAGGCCUGAACAAGGAUCAUCGUCAUUUUUGCGAAGUUCUAGUACUAUGGAGAGAUUCCAAGAAUUGUGGAUUGAGGAGAAAGUGAAGCUCAGUUCAAUACUCGUCUGGUGUUUGAUCGAAGACUUCAAUCGGAGACUGUCGUCGUUCUCGCAAAUAUUGAGUCAAGUUAAUUAUGGUGAGCCGAUUCAGUAUUUUUACUAUUGAUUUUAUGAUCGGGAAAUAAGACGCUUAGUUUGCGUAUGAAGUUUAAGUUAGAAAUACCAGUGAUGCGAGGUGUGCUUCGAUGAGUUUAGUUGCCGAGUAUAUUCGAACUAGUUCUAUUUUGCAGAGUGUAGUGUCUCGGUGACGCGUAGGUUAAGUUUAGUAUUUUAAGCAAUUAUCGAUAAGUCUGUCGAUGCUAAUUGUGUUCAGUGCGCGUAUGAUGAAAUCGAUGUCCUGUGCUAGUAGUUAGUAUCAUCUAUGUUUGUGAUCGAUAAUGUUGGAGUCGGAUAUUGAUUAGUUAGAUUGAUAGCUAUGAAUAAAUAGUUGUUAUCUG